AUGGGUCAUGGCACCAAUGACAAGCUCUUCAUCACGCCGUCCGAGUACAGCGGCGUGCACGGCGAGCAUGGCGCAUCAACAGGCGCCAAGAAGCAACAGAGUGUGAUUGUCCCGUUUCACAUGUGUGCCAUUACGCACCAGCCAUGGACUACCCCGGUGUGCAUAGCCCACGAAGGCCUCGUGUACGACCGUGUUCCUUUGGAGGCUUUCCUUGCCACAUACCAUGUGAGCCCUGCUACGGGCGAAAAGGUGGCACAGGAAGACAUUGUCCCACUGCACUUUUCCAAGAACGAGCGUGGGCAUUGGCAGGAUCCUGUCUCGUUUCGUGAGCUGACAGACUUUAGCCACAUUGUGGCCAUUCAGCCGACAGGGCAUGUGUACCUAUACGAUACUGUGCAACAACUCAACCUCAAGACCAAAAUGAUGCAGGAUUUACUCACAGACACACCCUUUACCAAGAAGCACAUCAUUACACUUCAAGAUCCGCAUGAUCCCACACGACGUAAAAUGCAGGACAUGUAUCCUUACGCUCAAGCAAGGUAUGUGCUGCUCUACUCACACGAAGAAUCCCACGAAGAUGAUGUCAAUGCUGCGGCGACAGGAAGCACCAAGACGCUCCUCGCACAGCUCCGCCAAUCCAAAAAGACAGAAAGCGCUGCGCCUGACUCGACGGCUUCGGCGCCCGCUGACGCAGUGUCCACGGCGCCUGUCCGGUAUUCCAACCGGUCGACAGGCAUGACAGCAGCGAGUUUCACAUCGACGAGCCUCACACCACGGACCAAGACAGAACAAAUCGCGAUUGACGAAGAAGAGCAUAUGCUAGAAACGGUCGCACAGCAUGCCGGUACGAAGAAGAAAAAAGGACUGGUUCGCCUUCAAACGAAUUUCGGCGCUCUGAACCUCGAGCUGUAUGUCGACAAGGCACCGCGGACAUGCUACAAUUUCCUGAUGUUAUGUCGUCAGGGUAAGUACAACAAUACCAUUUUCCACCGGAACAUCCCUGGCUUUAUGAUCCAAGGAGGCGAUCCGACUGGCACAGGGCGCGGUGGCGAGUCGAUUUGGGGCAAGCCCUUUGCUGACGAACUGUGCAAUGCAGGCGCCUACCGCCACGAAAGUCGCGGAACCUUGUCGAUGGCCAACAAAGGUUACAAUACCAAUGGCUCGCAGUUUUUCAUUACGUAUCGUGCUACUCCGCAUCUGGAUUCCAAGCACACCGUGUUUGGCCAUUUGAUCAGCGAUACCGACCAAGGCGAGAACUACCGUGUGCUGGACGCGCUGGAACGCGUUCCCAACGAGCCAGAUACCACAACGCCUAUGCGACCCAUCAAGCUACUAGAAGCCCAAGUGUUUGAGGAUCCCUUUGAAGAGUACAUUCAGCGUCGUGAUGCGAAAGUGCGUCGUGACAAUCCAGACGAGGAAGAACGAGCGAAGCGCGAAGCAAAGCGACGGCGACGCGAAGAGGAUCGUACAACAUGGCUCGGUACGCGUCUAGGCGCCAAGGAUGGAUCUACAGAACCUGCCUCUACCCCAGCUACACAGCGAUUCGCACCGACAGACGAGCAUGGCUUGGCGGGCUUGCGGGCCGCGCAGGCCGCCGCGGCGCCUCCACCACGCCGCCGGCCCGGCAGUCAGAGCCGCGGCAAAGGGUUUGGCGACUUUUCGCAGUGGUGA